UAAACAGCGCAACGAUAUCCGAAAGAAAGCUAUGCUACUACACCCCCUCGGGCGCGCCUUGCCGCGCUCAUCUCUAUCUAUACCUCAGCGUAUAUCCCACUAUGGCCGGCCAUCCCCCGUACACGUUUCCACACGCGUUUUCACAUCCAGUCCACUCCGCCUGAAAGAUGCAUCCAAUAAGCCCACGCCGGCCGCCCCGGGCCUGGUGGAUCAGAAGAAGAAGCUGGCCCCAAAAGACCCUCUUCUGGCCGAGCAAACCGUCUCCAAUAAAGAACAGCGCAAGGCCGACUGGGCCAUCAUCAAGGAAAUGUCUCACUAUCUUUGGCCCAAGGACAACCUAGGUACCCGUACGCGCGUUGGCCUGAGUGUUGGCCUGCUCGUUGGCGCGAAGCUGCUCAAUGUGCAGGUUCCCUUCUAUUUCAAGAGUAUCGUCGACUCUAUGAAUAUAGACUUUCUCUCCGUCGGCGGCACUGCUUGGACCGUGGCUGGCUCUAUGAUCGUGGCAUAUGGCGUUACUCGUAUAGGUGCUACUGCUUUCCAGGAGCUACGCAAUGCUGUCUUUGCCAGUGUUGCCCAAAAGGCCAUUCGAGGUGUUGCCUGCAGUGUCUACGAGCAUCUUCUGAAGCUAGAUCUCGGUUUCCAUCUGACCCGUCAGACUGGAGGUUUGACUCGUGCAAUUGACCGCGGUACCAAGGGCAUCAGCUUUCUACUCACCUCAAUGGUCUUUCACGUUCUGCCCACGGCCCUUGAAAUCUCCCUGGUGUGCGGUAUUUUGACGUACCAAUACGGCCCAAAGUUUGCCCUCAUCACCGGCACUACUAUGGUGGCCUAUACUGCCUUCACCAUCCUUACAACCUCGUGGCGGACAAAGUUUCGUAAACAAGCUAAUGCUGCCGACAACAAAGCUGCCACAGUCGCUGUGGACUCCCUCAUCAACUACGAGGCUGUGAAGUACUUCAACAACGAAAAGUUCGAAGUGGGGAGGUACGACAAAGCCCUUCAAUCAUAUGAGAAAGCUUCCAUAAAGAUUGCCACUUCUCUGGCCUUUCUGAAUUCCGGCCAAAACCUCAUCUUCUCAAGUGCAUUGACGGCUAUGAUGUACCUGGCUGCCGACGGAGUUGCUACUGGUCAACUCACUGUUGGUGAUCUUGUCAUGGUCAAUCAGUUAGUUUUCCAACUUUCGGUCCCGUUGAACUUCCUCGGAUCCGUGUAUCGGGAGCUGAGACAGAGUUUGCUUGAUAUGGAGACACUCUUCAACCUGCAAAAGGUUAAUGUUGCCGUGAAGAACAAGGCUGAUGCCAAGCCUCUGCUACUGACUGCAGGAGAACUGAAGUUUGAGAAUGUGACGUUCGGAUAUCGUCCAGAUCGUCCCAUUCUCAAAAAUCUCAAUCUCACAAUACCGGCUGGGCAAAAGGUCGCCAUUGUGGGACCAAGUGGCUGUGGAAAAUCCACAAUCCUUCGUCUUCUCUUCCGCUUCUAUGAUGUACAAGAGGGAAGAAUUCUCGUUGAUGGCCAAGACAUUCGUGAUGUCAGCAUCGAUAGCUUGAGAAAAGCCAUUGGUGUAGUGCCUCAAGAUACGCCGCUCUUCAAUAACACAAUAGAACACAACAUCCGCUAUGGAAACUUAGAGGCGACAGAUGAACAGGUGAUUGAGGCAUCCAAACGAGCUCGUCUUCAUGACACCAUUAGUCAUUUCCCCGACGGCUACGGUACCAUGGUGGGAGAGCGUGGUAUGAUGAUAUCGGGAGGAGAGAAACAACGCUUAGCCGUGUCCCGCCUCAUCCUCAAAGAUCCACCACUCCUCUUCUUUGACGAAGCAACCUCGGCGCUCGACACGCAUACUGAACAAGCGUUGCUUUCCCAGAUCAGUUCAAUAUUGAAAGAGAAGAAGCGAACGUCUGUAUUCGUUGCGCAUCGAUUGCGCACCAUCUACGAUUCAGAUCUAAUUAUUGUACUGAAAGCUGGAAGUGUAGCUGAAAGCGGUACACACGAGCAGUUGGUGGACAGAGCCGGCCUUUACUCUGAAUUGUGGAGUGCACAGGAGACUCUUUUCUCAGAUGAGGUAGAGGAGUCUAGCAAAGAGGAUACUACGGAAUCUUUAAAGCCAUAG